AGGUUAUCAAGUGGCGAAUACACUGGUUCAGUUUGUCACCAGCUUUACACCAGGCACUCGCAACGGCACACACAAUUCCGAAUUGCAACACCCAAUGAAAAAGGAUAAUGACCACAUAUCUACCGGUUACCUUUGCAUACUGAACGGGCUAAUUGAAUAGGCUUUUGAAAGGCAACAUAAUUGUGAAGUGCAAAAAAAAAAUCAAUAAAUGGAUAAACAAACCAGAACAAUGAAUAAAACAGGAGAUGUGAAAUUUCAGUACCUGGCUGGCAUAUUCGCGAAUAUUGUGACCAUUUCUUUUGGCGCUUAUUGCGGCUGGCCUUCAUCCAGUUUCCUCGAGCUGGGCAGCGAUGCGAGUCCGCUGGAGACGGGUGCCUUGAGCGAGCAGGAUCAGGGCAAUGUGGCAUCGGUUAUAUCUCUCGGCGGCCUUGUUGGCAAUGUGUUCUUCCUCUGGCUGGCUGACAAAAUUGGAAGAAGACGUUCGUUGCUCUUGUUGGCGGUCCCAUCGCUGCUGGGCUGGAUUGGUAUACCCUUGGCCCGUAAUCCAACGCAACUGAUAGCGGUACGCUUUAUCGGAGGAACGGCCGGAGGUGGUUGCUUUGGAGUUAUACCCAUUUAUACGGCAGAAUUGGCGGAAGACAGUGUACGUGGUAUUCUGGGCACACUGCUGGUGUUGUCCUGCAAUUUGGGCGUGAUUCUUGCCUUUGUGCUGGGCUUCUACUUCAAUUACGCAACUGUGGCAUGGAUUGUUUCCGCUCUGUCGGUUGUGUUUGUGGUCUGCUUUUGGUUUAUGCCCGAAACCCCACAAUAUUUGGCACAGCACCACAAGCUGCAGGAGGCGGAAAAGGCGUUACGCUAUUACCGCAAUAUACGCUCCCGUGCAUCCAAGGAACUGAGCGAGCAGCUGCAACUGGAGCUGCACAAGCUGCGUGCUCCUGAAAAGGCUGAGGAGGCCUGCGCGGAUAUCGAUGACACUCCUGUAACCUGGCACGAUUUCGCUAACACGAAGGCGCGAAAGGCUUGCUUUAUUGGACUGGGUCUGGUGAUGGCCAAUCAAGCUUGCGGCUGCUUUGCCAUGCUGAGCUACACUGCUCUGAUAUUCCAUAUGUCCGGCUCCAGUUUGCCGCCCGCCGUCUGCGCUAUAAUAGUGGGCGUCAUACAGCUGGUGGGCUCAUAUGUGGCCACCUUGCUGGUGGAGCGAGCGGGUCGCAAACUUUUGCUGCUCAUCUCUGCGGUUGGCAUUUGCCUCAGUCAAGUGGUGAUGGGCUGCCACAGCUACGUGAAGGUGUUGGGCCAUGAUACGAAUGGCUUUGAUUGGGUGCCCAUUGCAGCGUUCUCAUUUAUGCUGUUCAUUGCCGCGUGGGGAUUACUGUCGCUGCCGUUCUUAGUCAUAUCGGAGAUAUUGCCGCCCAAGAUCCGCAGCACGGGCAAUAUGCUGUUAAUGUCCUUACUUUGGGGGCUGUCCGUGUUUAUGAUUAAAAUUCUACCACUUAUGACUGCCGCAUGGGGUAUGCAUGGCACUGUGCUAUUAUUUGCUUGCUGCUCGUUGUGCGGCGCUGUGUUUAUUGCCAUUUUCGUGCCCGAAACGAAAGGGAAGACGAUUGAAACCAUUUUGGCCAACUUAUAGUACGCUAACCUACAAUUGUUAAUUGUUUUAUUAGUUUAAAUAUUAUUAAAUGUUACUGUUAAAAGAAAAUCAAGGGCAUAUCUUGUAGACUUCCUGUAUACCGUAGAAUUAUCCAAACAAAGGCCAAAAGCUUUCCCUUGAACUUCAGCCAUAUCACGUA